UGCUUAGCAGAUGUUUCAGAAGGAUUCAGUCAGAUGCAGAAGUGGUUUUUUCUUGGACGACUUCCCUUUUUAAAAUUACUGGAACAUGAAAAAAGUCAUAUUCUUACUUUUGGUUGUCCUACAGUUAGAUAAAACCUUUGAAUGGGGAUUCAAGAAUGGAGUUCUACACAAUUCCAUCUGGUUAGAGCAAGCAGCUGGGGUCUAUCACCGAGAAUCUCGAAACGGGAAAUACAAACUUACCUACAGAGAAGCCAAGGCAGUUUGUGAAUAUGAAGGGGGGAAGCUAGCAACCUACGAGCAACUGGAGGAAGCCCGGAAAAUAGGCUUUCACGUAUGCGCUGCAGGCUGGCUACACAAAGGAAGAGUUGGCUACCCUAUAGUAAAGCCCACAUUCAAUUGCGGAUUUGGAAAAAAGGGCAUUGUUGAUUACGGUUAUCGGCUAAACAAGAGUGAAAGAUGGGAUGCCUAUUGCUACAACCCAAAUGUAAAGGAAUGUGGAGGGGUACUCACGGAACAGGAGAGAAUCAUUAAAUCUCCAGGUUACCCCAAUGAAUAUGAAAACGAUCAAAUCUGCUACUGGCACAUAAGAAUAAACUACGGGCAGCGGAUUUACAUUCAGUUUCUGGAAAUGGACAUUGAAGAGGACACGGACUGUCUGUCUGACUACUUUGAGAUAUAUGAUAGCUAUGAUGAUGUUCAUGGCUUAGUGGGAAGGUACUGCGGUGAUGAACUUCCUGAUGAUAUAAUUAGUACAGGGAACGUCAUGACAUUAAAAUUCCUUACAGAUGGUUCCAUCACGGGAGGAGGAUUUCAGAUCAAAUACACUGCGGUGGAUCCACCGUCAAAAAUGGAAGAUGAAGGAAGCAAAACAUCUAACGUGGAAACUGCUUAUUCUCUAUAUUAACUUUAGCCACGGCUCAAAAUUCUUUCCAAUGAAAGAAAAAUUCAUGGUGAAGAUUAAGACUCUGUCCGAGAAAUGCGAUUGGCGUGAAUAGAAGAUGACUAGAAUAACACUAAUAGAUAAAUCAUUUCUUUUGACUUUUAUUUUGUUUUCUUUCUACAUCACACACAUUUUUUUUUAAAUAAACUGUUAAAAUAAUCAAUUUCCUCACAAACACCCCAUUUCCUCACCUAAAACGGUAACGUCAUGAUUUUUUUCACUUUGUUUCAAAGAGUUUUAUUUUUAGUACAAAAUCAAAAAUGGGCUUUCAAAAAUAUUCUGUUUUUAUAAAACAUUUACUGUAUACAGCACUUUAUACGGAAAUUAUGGGGAAAAAAAUUAAAAAGCUAUUAAACCAGCAAAAGAGAAAGUAUCGCCAUGCUGUGAUGUCAGCAGAGAAAAUAGGAAUAAAAGUGCAUAUACCUGACAAACUCAUCUGUUUUUAAUAAAAAAAAAUGUUUAAACACA